AUGAAAGACCAAACUCAACCUAUUUCCUCAAAAACUAGUAGAGUGAAUCAGACUCUCUCAUCAUCUACAAAGCCUGAUGUAGACACCAUUCACAAGCCUGUGCAAAGUGUACAAAACACAGUUAGUGAGAAGAAAAAUUCUACUACCAAGUCAACAGUCGAUAGUGUUAAUGUUAAUGCUGAGAAACCAAUAACUACAUUAUUAAAGACCAAAAUGAAAGACCAAACUCAAUCUACUUCCUCAACAGCUAGUAGAGUGAAUCAGGCUCUUCCAUCAUCUACAAAGCCUGAUGUGGAAACCACCCAGAAACCUGUGCAAAGUGAACAAAACACAGUUGAAAUUAGCAAUGUCAAUCGGGCUGUUGCAUCUACCACCAAACCUGUGGUCGAUAGAGUCCAGAAUCCAACUAAAGACAAACCCGCAGAGAGUACACCAGUUAAAGUAGUCAUCACUGAGGGUUGCGUUCCUCAGGAGUCUCAGACAGACUCAGGUAACGUAACCAAAGUACGAGAAACGGAGCUCAGUUUGAAUCCUGGAUCUCCUCUGGUAAUGACUCAUCACAUCAACCUGGUUCAAGGAGCCUGCACAGGAAGCUGUGAAACUGAGAUGGCCACACUGAGGGACAGAGUUGAGUUUCUUGAGAAGGAGAUGGCAGCGAUUAAAAAAAUGUGUGUUCAGUGCUCAGGAGAGCAAUGCCCUAAAAACUGUAGUGGUCAGGGCAAGUGUGAAGAUGGAAAGUGUGUUUGUUUCCAGGGCUUUAGUGGCCCAGACUGCAGUGGCAAAACCUGCCCCUCUAACUGCAACAAAAAAGGGAAUUGUGUGAAGGGAAAGUGUGCGUGUCAGACUGGUUAUACAGGCCUAGACUGCAGUAAGGCUGUUGACAAGAAGAUCACAGUAACUGUUGAAACAGUGGCUAUGAAGAUCCCCAUUAUCAAACCCAAUACAAAACCUGUGAAGACAAAGCCAGACAAGACCAUAUUCAUGAAGACAGACACAAAUGACCCAAAGACAAACACCACAGCCAAGUCAACAGUGAAGCCAAGUCCAACCGUGUCUCCAGGUAAAACCCAGUCCAACACCACAAAGAGAGACAAGGUUAUUAAGACUAUUGGGCAAGUUCUGCUAAACCAUGAAGGUAGAAGACGUCAAGAGCAAGCAAAAAAAGGCAAAACAACAAUCAUAAAACUAGAUUUUGACAAACAAUCACAAACUGAUCUCACUGACAAGUCCAAGAAAAAUCAUCUUAAAGAUGAGCCUGUCUAUCAGAACGCGACUCAGAGAUCUGGAAAGAAGGUUAAUGGAACCUCCAAAGUUUUAGAGAAUGUGUUUAAAGGCACCAAAGAAUCAUCUAAUUCAACUGUGUCCAAGACAAAAGUCACUAUCAGAACUGUAGGUGAUCAAGCAAAAGAAAGCAAGACUAUUAAUGUUACAUCUGCUGGAAAAGACAAGAAGCUAUUGCACAGCAAUGUAACAACAACUCUCCGAGCAGGGAAGAAGUCUGAUAAGCAUGUAAAUGGGACAGGUUUUGAAUCGAAAACUCAUACAAAGCAUUUAAACAAAACUAUCAGCAGAUUAUCGGUCAUUGGAUCAGUUGAGGUUCAUAAUAUCACUUCUACCGGGUUCAUUAUGUCUUGGGAAGCUCCUCGAGACAUGUUCAAGAACUUCACUAUAUCAAGAAGGGAAAUCAGAGGAGGAAAUGAAGAUUUUGAGAAAAUUCAGGAUGGAGCAGCGGCUGUAAAUGUAACAGAUGUCCAAAGGCCCAGUUUAAACAGAACAUCAACUAAAGUCCAAAGUAGCAAACCUGAAGGAAAGACUGUGAAAAAGUUCUCCCAAGUUCUUGCUGGUACAGCACGCUCAUAUUUUUUCAAAGGCCUUCAACCUCAAACACGGUAUUCGGUUUCCUUGUUUGGCUCUGGUCUUGGCGUACGAUCCAAAAUUCACCGCCUUACAUUAUCCACAGGCCCUGAACCGCCCACUGACUUGAUGUUCAGCAAUAUAACACAGACUUCCUUCUCAGUAUCAUGGACAAAGCCUAAAAGCAUAGUAGCAGAAUUUAAAGUCACGUACACCAACAUUGUAACUGGCGAGAGUGGCUCCAUGUCUGUUGACUCCCAGCUGUCCCAUGUUCUCCUUUCUAAGCUCUCUGCUGGCUCUACCUAUGACAUUACUGUGAGCUCAGUUCUGGAGACACUCGAAAGCGAGCCAGUCACAGCCUCCAUCACAACAGUGCCUGAUUCUCCUACUGAACUAAAGGUGGUGAACAUCACAGACACUAAAGCUCUGCUGGUAUGGAAACCAUCACAAGCUAAAGUGGACAGCUAUAUACUCAGUUAUGGAACUACAAAAUCUCCUAAUGUGACUAUUACAGUGACAUUAUCUGGCAGUACAGUGGAGCAUCAACUCAGAGGACUCCACAGAUCUUCUUUAUACAUGGUGAAAAUCAAAAGUCAAGUCAAUCGGCUCCAGAGUAGCCCAGUCUCCACAACCUUCACAACAGGAAGUGGAGUGAAACUUCAGGUCGUGACUACCAAUGAGGUGACCUUUCACUCAGCUGUGAUUUCAUGGAGGGCUCCCCGCGUGGCUUUCAAAAGUUAUAGGCUCACAUACCAACUGAACGAGGAAGUCAAGGAGGUGAUUUUAAAUCCAUCUGUGACGCGUUAUGAGCUGCCUGGACUGGCAGCCUUUUCAAACUAUACAGUGAAAAUAGAGGGAGAAAGAGAUGGACAGUACAUCAGUUUUGUCUUUGCUGAAUUUACCACUGCCCAGCUCCCGCACCCAUACCCCACAGACUGCUCAGAGGUACAGGUUAAUGGGAUGAAGGAGUCAGGAGAGGCUGAGAUUUACCCUGAAGGGAAGGAUGGAGAGCCAGUCUGGGUCUACUGUGACAUGGAGACUGAUGGAGGAGGCUGGACAGUUUUCCAGAGGAGAAUGGAUGGAUCUACUGAUUUCUUCAGGAGCUGGAGAGAUUACAUUAAAGGCUUUGGUUCCCUGAGUGGGGAAUUCUGGCUGGGAAAUGACAUCCUUCACACUCUCACCAGUCAUACACCAAUGAGCCUGCGGAUUGACCUGCGUUCAGGAAAUGACACAGCCUUUGCUCAUUAUACCAACUUCAACAUUAGCUCAGAGGCUAAGCACUAUGAAAUCGAGUUGUCUGGGUACUUUGGCACUGCUGGUGAUUCCAUGAAAUAUCACAACCGCCGUCCGUUCUCCACCAAAGACAAAGACCCAAACACUCUUAGCAUCCACUGUGCUAAGGCCUACUUGGGAGGCUGGUGGUAUAAAAAUUGCUACAAGGCAAACCUCAACGGCCUCUAUGCCUCCUACUCAGACAACAAGGGUGUGGUGUGGAUAGACUGGAAGGGCAAAGACGCAUCCCUCCCAUUUACUGAAAUGAAGCUUCGACCCUCCUAUAUCAGUCAAACAAUCCCGACAACCCCAACAACCCAAGGUUAAAUCUACAGAGUGAAUAGUGCACAUAGUGCAAAUACACUGUACAAACUUCUACACAUUGCUACUUCAAUAUUGUAUAUAGGUUAACAACAUACAUACAAAACAAACUUUGUAAAGUAAAUGUGCAAACAACCUCCAACCAAAUCACAACAUUGAUUUUUUUAAUGUUAUGUAGACUUUAUGCAUGUGACGAUGUACUUGUGUUAAUGGAGGUCCAUCAUUGAUAUUAACAUUUCCUCUACUGGAAUAACUGCACUGUCUUGAUCUAUUGGUACUAUUUUUUUUUUUAUCUUUUCAUAUGAUUGUUUUCCUCUCAAUUAAAUUGUUUUAUUUUGAUGUUGUAGACAUGUAGACAAAACCAAUAA